AUGUUCACCUUGAUUUUCCUCUUCUGGCUCCUGAGCAUUCCACUUCUUGUGUCUGAUUUUAUUUAUCCGAGGUGCUUUUGGAAAAUAAAGCAGAAUGAAGACAAGAAUAGAAACCAGGGAACAGAAUGUACCUUCAUAAUUCAUGCAGUACAACGGCCUGUGGAAAAAGAGCAUUUUAGUCAUAUACUGAAUAUACAAACUCAUCCUAAAAACCACAAGUAUGCUCUGGCUUUGGCUUUUUCUAUAUAUGAAGUCAACAGGAACCCUGAUAUUUUGCCAAAUAUGUCUCUAACAUUUAAAUUCACAAACUACAAUUGUUACUGGGAAUCUGAAUUGAUGAGGCUCAUUCAUUUGAGUUUACAAAAUCAUGAUAUUCUCCCUAAUUAUAUGUGUAGAGAACUCACAAGGUGUACAAUGGCACUUACAAGACUGAAUUGGACAACAACUGUGAAACUUAAUACAAUCCUAAACAACUUCAUGUCUCAGCAGUGGGAUGUCAGUCCUAGUAUGAAAGACUUUACAUUUGGUAACGAAUAUGGGACUUUUGCUUUUGGACAACACCAUAGUGAGAUUUCUGGCUUUAAACAUUUUGUCCAGACAUUGAACUCUGUCAAAUGCUCAGAUGAGUAUCUGGUAGAGCUGGAAUGGAUGCACUUUAACUGUGAGGUCUCAGCCUCUAAAUGUAAGACACUGAAGAACUGCUCAUCCAAUCACUCAUUGGAAUGGUUAAUGGUACAUACUUUUGACAUGGCUUUUAUUGAAGAGAGUUAUGACAUAUACAAUGCUGUGUAUGCUUUUGCCCAUGCACUCCAUCAGAUGACUUUUCAAAAGUUUGAUAAUCUGCCCAAGGACAAUGGGAAAGAACACAAUUAUGGCUGCAGAAAGCUGUAUUCCUUUCUGAGAAAGACCCAGUUCACUAAUCCUGUUGGGGACAGAGUGAAUAUAAACCGAAGAGAGAAACUGCAGGAAGAAUAUGACAUUUUCUACAUUUGGAAUUUCCCACAGGGCCUUGGACUUAGAGUUAAAAUAGGAAUGUUUAGUCCCUAUUUUCCAAAUGGUCAACAGGUACAUUUAUCUGAAGAUAUGAUAGAGUGGGCAAAAGGAAGUAAACAG